ACUGGCAACACUGACCGAAUCGUCAGAUGAGGAUUCAAUGUAUUGACCGGACCAAAACAAACAAGCCGGAGGCCAGGUGUUAAUUUUGGUUUUUUUAUUGUGAAUAUUAAGCGAUAUCUUAUGUAAUCUAAGUGGAGAAAGGACUGAAAUGAAGUUUGCCGAACAUUUAGGAGCUCACAUCACGCCUGAAUGGAGGAAACAAUACAUUCAGUACGAGGAAAUGAAAGCCAUGUGUUACAGUGCUAUAGAAAGAGCUCCUUCUCCUGAAGUUGUAGAGCAGAGUGUUAUAACUCGAUAUUUUGCAAGUUUCGAAGAGGAAUUUUUCCAUCACUGUGAAAAAGAAUUAACAAAAAUAAAUACUUUUUAUUCAGAAAAAAUGGCUGAGGCAACUCGUAAAUUUGGAAAUCUUAAAACUGAGCUAAAUAAUUACAAUUGUAGGGUUCCAAAUGCUAAAGGAAGUUGGAAACACUUUGAAGAAAAGAAAUCAACUCUUCGGAUAAAAGGAUUGAACAGAGAAGCCGACAAACAAGUUCGGACCCACACAAGAAAGAUGCAUGAAUUAAAACUGGCUUUCAGUGAAUUCUAUCUCAGUCUUAUUUUACUGCAGAAUUAUCAGAAUUUGAAUUUUACUGGUUUUCGUAAAAUUUUGAAAAAGCACGAUAAAUUGUUGGGAACUGAUGCUGGAGCAAAAUGGAGGCAAGCUCAUGUAGAAAUUGCACCAUUUUACGUGAACAAAUUUAUCGAUAAACUUAUUCAGGAAACCGAGAGUCUUGUGACAACUGAUUUAGAGGGAGGUGAUCGUCAAAGAGCAAUGAAGAGGUUAAGAGUUCCUCCAUUAAAUGAUAAACAAUCUCCUUGGACAACGUUUAAAGUUGGUCUCUUUUCUGGUGCCUUUAUUGUGUUAGUUGUAGCUGUUAUUUUAUCAGCUACUUUUAGCAAAGCCAGAGACGAUUGGCGAAUUGUCUUCCGUUUAUAUCGAGGUACAUUGCUUAUCAUUCUGUUCAUGUUCCUGAUCGGAAUAAAUGUGUAUGGUUGGCGUACGUCUGGCGUAAAUCAUGUACUUAUUUUUGAAUUGGAUCCUCGAAAUCAUCUUUCUGAACAACAUCUUAUGGAAAUGGCAGCAAUAUUUGGUGUGAUGUGGGCUUUAAGUGUUCUUGCAUUUUUGUAUAGUAAUCAUCUUUCCAUUCUUGCAUAUGCUAAUCCCUUAAUAUUAGUUGUUGUGAUGCUAGUGUUUUUAUUUAAUCCAACAAGAACGAUGAGAUAUCAAGCACGAUUCUGGCUUCUGAAAGUUUUGGGAAAAGUAAUCGCAGCUCCUUUUUUUCAUGUCGGAUUUGCUGACUUUUGGUUAGCUGAUCAACUGAAUAGUCUUGUUCCUGUAUUAGUUGAUUUUGAAUAUUUUCUAUGUUUUUACAUUACUGGUAUUGAUUGGUCUGAGAACAAUGAUUCCGAAAAGUGUGUUAAAGAACAAGUUGGUAUGAUUUUACGACCAGUUGUUGCUUGUUUACCGGCAUGGUUUAGAUUUGCUCAGUGUCUCAGACGUUAUCGAGAUACAAAAGAAGGGUUUCCUCAUCUGGUGAAUGCAGGAAAAUAUUCAACUACUUUUUUUGUUGUCAUUUUUUCAACAUUAUUUAAUACAUUCAAAGAUGAUUAUGAAGAAUCAGAAUACAAUCCAUAUUUUUUCCUUUGGAUUAUAUUUGCUUUAAUUAGUUCAUGUUAUACUUACGUCUGGGAUAUUAAAAUGGAUUGGGGCUUAUUCGAGUGCUUCUCUGGUGAUAAUAAGUUCUUAAGAGAAGAAAUAGUGUAUUCGUCUCCGGGUUAUUAUUACUUUGCUGUAAUUGAAGAUUUUGUGUUAAGAUUUGGCUGGACCUUAUCAGUUUCACUAACAGAAAUGGGUGUUAUUCACACUGAUCUGAUGGUAUCUAUUUUAGCUCCUCUUGAAGUAUUUAGGAGAUUUGUUUGGAACUUUUUCCGUUUGGAAAACGAACACCUUAACAAUUGUGGAAAAUUCCGUGCCGUUAGAGAUAUAUCAGUAGCUCCCAUUGAUUCAAAUGAUCAAGCUCUUAUAAUUAAGAUGAUGGAUGAAGAAAAUGGAGUUGUAAAUAGGAAAAGAAAAGAUAAAAAGAAACUAAUGAAGAGGAAGAAGUCAUCCGAUGCUAAAGUCUUACUUCUUGAAAGCACCGGAAACGAUACAGAUCAUGAAUUUUAAAUAUUCCCCAAAAUUUUCCAGUUUUUGUAAGAGGAAAAAAAAAUUUUGUUGUACCUGCAUUAGUAUGUAACUUUUUGUAGUUUGUUAAAAUUAUGUGAUUGAAGAUAUAUAAAUUUAUUUUCUUAAAAAAAUCUGAGAGAUAUUU